UCUGAAAGGUCGUGUGCCUGCGGCUAGCUGAAUGCAGCUGGUGGUGGUGGUUCCGGCAGCGACGGCGGCUCCGACUCCGGCUCCGGCUCCGGCUCCGGCUUUAGCCCGGGCUCUCCCAGGCAGGCGCUGAGGAGGCGAUGCGGAGGCGGAGAUGUGGGGGUCAGUGACUGGGCUUCCCCCGAGGCUGUUGACAGCUACCAUGGCCCUAACUUGCCUUCGCCGCCGCUGGGAGACGGGCCCGGGGUGCGGGACGCGGUCUCACCGGCUCUUGUCCCAGUCGUGCCUGGAACCCCGGACCACAAAUAUAGUGGAGAAGUCGGUGUCGCUGCAUAAUAGGCCCUGGCAGAGAUAUUUCCUGGGCAGCGCGAAGAUGGCGAACACCGUGGUGCACCUCCUGCAGGCAGGGCCUCCGGGAGCCGGUCCGCACGUCUUAGAGUGCAAUCCCGGGCCUGGAAUUCUUACCUGUGCAUUACUCAAUGCUGGUUUACGAGUGGUUGCACUUGAAAGUGACCUGACUUUUCUUCCAUAUUUGACGACCCUAAAAAAACACCCGGGUAGACAACUAGAAGUAAUCUACUGUAACUUCUUCCAUCGAGAUCCCAGUAAGACAACACCACCACCACCACCACCUGUUAUGUUGACUGAAACACUUUUCAAGAAAUUGGAAAUAAGACAAGUUCCAUGGGUGGCAGAUGUUCCUGUAAAGAUAGUUGGAUUCUUCCCAACUAAAUAUGAAAGAAAAGCACUUUGGAAACUUAUACAUGACCUCUAUUCUUGUAGCUCCAUAUAUAACUAUGGACGGAUAGAAUUGAAUAUGUUUAUUAGUGAAAAAGAAUACAAGAAAAUCAUUUCAAAGCCAGGUCAAAAGUAUUAUCGACCCCUGAGUGUUCUCUGGCAAACAGCUUGUGAGAUAAAGCUUUUGCAUAUGGAACCUUUAUCGUCAUUUGUAACCUUCAGAAACGGGAAACUUACAUCACUAGAGUGCAAGGAAUAUGAAAGUAAGAACCUGUGUUUUAUUCGAUUAACUCCUCGAAGAAAUUUAUUUACAAAUAAUUUCACACCUACAAACUCAAGUAAUUUUAUAUUCCUGGUUAAACUGUGUCUUAACAAGAGCAAAACUAAAUUAAUUGAUACAUUUAGCUCAUGGUGUAUAAGUGAUACAGAGGAUUUGCUUCAAGAACUAAAAAAGCAGCAACAUGAAACUAUAGGCAGUUUGUACCCAAAAGAGUUUAAAUACCUUUUUGAAGCUUUGGAACGUUCUGAAACAUUUACCCAAAAAUGGUUAUAUGAUCAUUUCCUGCAAAGCACAGAUCCAGAAAACCUCUAAGUCAUAAAGAUUUUAUUAACUGAAACAGUUCCUUUGAGAAAUUAUGAUGCGUAUUAAAAAGGAAUGGGUUUGAAAAGUUUGCAUCCUUUCAACUAAGAAUAAACAGUUUGUUUUACAAAAUCGGAGGAUGAAUUUGCUGAAAGUUCAUGCUGAUUUUUUUUAACAGUUGGUGCUGUUAUAAAUGUUUAAAAUACAUAAAUGAAAUUUUCAUUUGACUACUGAUUUGAUGAACUGAAAAUUAAGGGUUUUUUUUUCUUGACAGAUUUUCACUACUACAUAACUGGUUGGUAAAUUUGAGUUAACUAUCAAAUGGAAAUUCAUUUAGUAAAUUCCAGCCCUGUUAAAACAUCUUAAAUUGCAUAUGUUUAAGUACUAUACUUUCACAUGGGUUUAUUGCUGCUUACAUUUCAUCAGCCUUGGAAAGCAAAUUAGAUUGACCUAAAUUAAUUGUAAAUUUUACUUUUCAAGUUUGUGAAGUUACAUUUGAAAGACCUGCAAAAUAAAAAAUUUUAAUGUUUUAUUUAAGCUUUUUUUUAAUUGGAAUUUUUUUUCUACUGGGUUUUGUGAUAUUUUUAUAAAGCCUAAAUUUUUUAUCUAAAUACUUCAGCAACACAUAAUAUAUAAAUUUGU